CUUGGGUGGUCAUUGCCACUUGGAUUCUGCAAGGAUCGUAGACUCUUCACUUUGAUGCUAUACGCCGAAAGAGUUAGACUGUCCCAUUCCGAGGACCCACACGCUUACUUUGAGUGGCCGAGAUCAUUCGCUUCCCGGAAAGUGAAAUUAAUAAAGGUAACCUGACAGCUCUUAUGUCUGGCCAUGGUGUGCAGUAGGCUAUGCUUGUGGGGGAGCUCUGGCCAGGAGCUUUUGGUUUUUUGGAUGCCUAGACGGGGGGUUAUAUUGCAAGCGCUCAGUCUCUGAGAACGACGUUCGUCGUUGGAGAAGGUGGUUGUAAUGGCUGCAGCCUACUUGCCUUCGCCUUGUUCUCUCUGCUCGACAUGAGGCGCAAAUCACAGGAUUUCCGCCGUGGCGUCGCUGUGCGAGGUGCAGAGGUACGAUGGGAGAUCGACUCAACAUUGUCGUUGAAGAAAUUGGGCUGUUUUCCGAGAUAUUCUCGGACCCAUUUUUCUUUCAAGAAAGCAGCACGAUGGCAGCGAACAGGGACUGUUUGCGCACGAUUCGACUUCCGUGGGAACAACACUGAGCAGGCGAGAGAAGAAGAUGCUUCCAUCCUUAUGAAAAUGACAACUCUUGUCGAUGAGCUCUUGAAGCUGGAAGAUGAUUUGUGCAUGGACUCCGGUGGAUGCAAUUUUUUUUCCUGGGGCAGCGCCCACGGGAGGGGGGGCUCCGGUGGUCCCGCUGCCCCCUCACCCUCGCACUUGUGGGGACACAGGGAUCCACAUUAGAACACCCAAUUAAUCACUACCCUCCACAGGUUUUGGGUGUACACAUAACAACAUUAGGUGUGCUUGUAGCAAGUUAGCCUCAGCCUAAUUUCUGACUUGCCUAUGUAGAUAUACAUGUUAAAAUACCUGUUGAUAAUGUCCCAUCAUUACUAAAUGAACGGUAUGUAAAUAUAUAUACAUACAUGUAAAGACCAAUACGAAGAACCACAAAAAUCAAGUUAUUAAUAUACAAGAUUAUGAUAACAAAAGUAUAAAUUUCCACAGAAAUCAACAUGACAUCUCCACACUU